AUGUCUACAGAAUUCAAAACUGGGGAUUUAGUCCUGUGUAAAGUCGGUGCAUUUGCCCCUUGGCCUGCAGUUGUUUUUCCUCAAAGAUUUUUGAGUCCUGAUGUAUAUCGUAAACGUAAACGGAACUGUGUGGCAGUGUGUUUCUUUAACGAUCCAACAUAUUAUUGGGAAUAUAUACAUAAAUUGAAACCAUUAUCUGAAGAUAUCAUUCAAGAUUUUUUGACUCAAAAUAGUAAUGCUCAUCAUGGUGGUAAACAUGCUGCACCCAAGGAUCUUUUAGGUGCUUAUAAAUUAGCAGAUAAAUAUGUUUCAUUGAGAGUCUUUAUGCGAAAUAAAUUUAGGAGUGAAAGUAGAUUAAAUGAAUUUAACACAGAAAUUAUGGAGAAUGGAGAAGUCGAAAGUGGUGAGGAUCCAUUUUGGGGUAAAAUUGGUGAUGAUCGGAAUGUAAAGGAAGAUAUUAAACCAACUUUGAAAAUAGUUACUGAUGAUAAAGACCAAAUAAAAUCUGAAUCAGAUCCAGAAAAUGAUAGUAAUGUUAAAAAUGAAUCUGAUUUGAUUAAUGGAAAACCUUUUCAAAAUAAUAAUAUGAGUUCUUCUAAGCAUAAAUAUCAUAAAAAAUUGGAUAGAAACCGUCGGAUCGAAAUCACAAUGCUAUUCCGCCGUAGAAUGCAAAGAAAUCUUAUCCAAAGAAAGACGCCGCCAGGACCAAAUGAUAUUACAGAAACUCAUAAACUUCUAGAAAAGGUUAUUGAAAAUUUAGACAAUGACCCACCAUUCUUCGAUGAAGAAUGUUUAAGGAAGAGCAAACUUUACAAAUUGUUAAAAGUAAUAAAUUGUGAUCCGAAAUUGAAAGAAUUCCAUCCGGCAUGUGAAACUAUCUUAACACAUUGGAUCGAUACUAUUGCCAAAAUUAAGAAAGGUAAAGAACGAGUAGAUUGA